AUGAUAGAGGAUGAAGACGACCGGGAGGGUCGAGUUAUGCAAGACGCCAGGGUGCCCCGGAACGUCGACUUCAUGAACGACGGGUUCCUCUUUGUCGAAGCGAUCAGGAUGGGAACAUCCACUAAAUACGACAUGAGAGGCAACAGGCUGAAAGAAGACAAGAGCAUCUUCGUGGUCCAGUCCGCAUCGACGGGCGAGCUUUUUGUCAACAAGAUCAUAGAGCGACCGUGGGACCCUGUCGGAUCCCUAUCGAGCCCGCCGAGCGAGUUGAGGGUGUCCACGUACCGCCACGCCAUCGGCGACGCUCGCAUAGACCUCCCUGGCGACAAUGACGACGAUGUCCACCGGAGGGGGGUCCUGCCGAACGUGCCUUAUUUCAACAAGCUGCGCUUCUGGCAGGAGUUGGACCCUAGAGAUAGCACUAGCGAUUGUACUGUCUACUCGCUCUUCUUCGACUAUUGUAACGGAGGUGCAGUGGAUGAACUUGUUACCAAGUAUAACAAGCGACUGAUUGCUGUCCCAGAGCACUUCAUAUGGCUUGUAGCAGAGCAAAUGUUCUUGGCACUAGUAGCGAUGAAGUUUGGCAGGCACACUGUACAGCGCGAUGAGGAUGAAGGGAGUCGGCACGGAAGCGAACCAGCCGAAGACUCAACCCAGCAGCCUGAUAACUGGGUCCGCAUAUAUCACCGAGACCUACACGCCAACAACGUGUUCAUAAACUACCCGCCCAGAGGACCCGGCCGUAUCCCGAGGGCAGGUCUCGAGAGCAACGCGUUCCCCGAAAUUGUGGUCGGAGACUUCGGGAACUCAGGAAUCGAGGGCGACGACCCUGCAACGCUACCAGUAUGCGUCUACCAGCCGUGGGGAGAGGAAGACACCGAGGGGUUCCUGGCGGAGUGGGAGGACAUCUAUUCAGUCGGGGAGAUGCUACGGACCAUGAGUAUGGCGCACAUCCAUCAUGACAGGUUGAACACCAACGACAGGCCGAACUGCGGGCGGGUGCAGGUCGCAAACCAGGAGCCCGGGGCGCCGCCGUACUCGGACGAGCUCAUCGAGCUGCUGCAGCGCUUCGAGUUCCCGAACCACGAGCACGAUUUGGUCCGUGACCUGGGGGAAGCCAUAGACACGACGUUUCCCAGCCCAGAGGACGUGCGUGACACCUUGCUACCCCAGGCCCAGGCGCGGGUUGCGGGCUUUCGGAGGCCGGCUGACAGGCCGGCCGGGUACUAUGAUAGUAUCGACGUCUCAUGGACCAAGCCGGAGAAGCUCAUGCCGUUCUCCUAUAUAAUGAAGUACGCGGCCGAAGCAGGGGACGGGCCUAAUGGGGAGCCGCUCCCCGAAGAGGAGGGCGAUGACCACGAUAGUGACCAUGGCGAUGCCGGCUCCGGUGAUGGAUCCGGUGACGAGUCCGGUGAUGGACCCAGUAUCCGCGGCGGCGAGGGCGAAGAUGUAGAAAUGUCAGACUCUCCCUCGUCUUCCGGACAAGACGGCCACGACCAGCCGGACGACGGGCCACAGCAGCCAGAGGACAUAGGGCACCGGGGAGGAGCAAGCGAUGACAACCAUGACGAGGACGAGGAAGACGAGGACGAGGACGAUGAUGCUGAUGAUUCGGGGUCCAUGGCCCCCUCGCCUCCCCCAACGCCUACUUCUGAGCAGCUUGCCAUGCGGGAGCUGGGCAAGAUGCACAAGUGGAACAAGGCGAAGCCGCGGUAUGAGCUGCGCAGCCUCGAGUACGCGGUUCCUGUCAUAUUGCCGCUCAAGACUCCUCCAUGA